AUGCCUGCCACGCUUUCUCCAUCUCCCCCCCUCCCAUCUGCAUGUCCAAGACCUGGCCUCCCUUGCUCUGACCCCAUCUCACGGUUCGUUUGGAAUUAUCCCAAGACCCUCUCUCCUCUCUUCCGGGUCAUCACUUUGAUAUUCUGUCUAUCAAUGUACGCGACAAUCCCAGCCAAAGGCCACUAAUUUACCUCUGCACAUCUCGCACCAUCAUCAUCACCACCAUCAUCGAUUCCAAACACCACGUGCGCCGACGCGCACUCUGAUCUUUUCCCCUCUCUGGAAGCAACAUUACACCCGUCGUCAUCGUACGCGGUCGAGGACGUAAGGGAGUGGCGUGCGCUCCACUCCGCUCACUACUGGAUCUUCUUCCCGUCUCGUCUCCAACUCGGGUGCACUUGUUCCGCUUGUCUUUGCCUCUCGUCUCACCAAUGAACAA